UGUAUAAUAUAUACACACAUAGCAAGCGUAAGUAAACACAAAUUCGUUGUAAACUUGUUAGACAGGAGAAAGCCCCUUUCUGCAACUCAAUUCUCUGGACCUUGCCAAUCUGCCACUAUGGUGCUCGAGGCGACAAUGAUCUGUAUCGACAACUCCGAAUGGAUGCGAAACGGCGAUUACUCGCCCACUAGGUUUCAAGCUCAAUCUGACGCUGUUAACCUAAUCUGCGGAGCCAAAACCCAGUCUAAUCCGGAGAAUACGGUCGGAGUUUUGACAAUGGCGGGCAAAGGGGUUCGCGUGUUGGUCACUCCUACCAGCGAUCUUGGCAAGAUCUUAGCUUGCAUGCACGGUUUAGACAUAGGUGGUGAGAUGAAUUUGGCAGCAGGUAUCCAGGUAGCUCAAUUGGCUCUCAAGCAUCGUCAGAACAAAAAGCAGCAACAAAGGAUUAUUGUAUUUGCCGGAAGUCCUGUUAAGUACGACAAGAAAGUACUGGAGAUGAUUGGAAGAAAGUUGAAAAAGAACAGCGUAGCUCUUGAUAUUGUAGAUUUUGGGGAAGAAGAGGAUGGGAAACCUGAAAAGCUUGAGUCACUUCUUACUGCUGUAAACAACAACGACAGCAGUCACAUUGUUCAUGUUCCUUCUGGUCCAAGUGCUCUUUCUGACGUGCUUAUAAGUACUCCUAUCUUUACCGGUGAUGGGGAAGGUGGAAGUGGUUUUGCAGCAGCGGCUGCAGCAGCUGCAGCUGGUGGUCUAUCUGGUUUUGAAUUUGGUGUGGAUCCUAACCUGGAUCCUGAACUGGCUCUCGCUCUCCGAGUUUCAAUGGAAGAGGAGAGGGCAAGGCAAGAAGCAGCUGCUAAGAAGGCUGCAGAGGAAGCUACAAAACAGGAAAAAGAAGAGGGACAGCAAUCAACUUCACAGGAUGCAGCAAUGACUGAAAAUGUCAGUACUGCAGUUUCUGAGGCUGAAAAUAAAACAAAUGAUCUAAUGGAUGAUGAGAAUGCUCUGCUACAGCAGGCCCUUGCCAUGUCUAUGGAUGACCCUGCUGCUGCUGCUAGCGUUACUACGAGAGACACAGAUAUGUCGGAGGCAGCUGCAGAUGAUCAAGAUUUAGCACUUGCUCUUCAGUUGUCUGUGCAAGAAGGUACAAAAGAUGAAGGAAGCCAGACAGAUAUGAGCAAGCUGUUGGCAGACCAGUCUUUUGUUUCAUCUAUCCUUGCUUCGCUUCCAGGGGUUGAUCCGAAUGAUCCUUCAGUCAAAGAUUUACUCGCAUCUAUGCAGAGUCAGUCUGAGUCCCAACAGGAGAAGAACGAGGAGGAUAAGGAAAAAAAUGAGGACGACAAAAAGUGAUGAUGCUGUGGAUUUGAUGUCCAAUGUCGACAGGACAGGUAGUUCUCCUUUGUGGUUGGAAUGGUGGUUAUUACAUGCCUAUGGAGGACUUUAUAAAUGACCGUUUGCAUGGAUAGGGCUUCAAUUGAAUUUUAUUUCUGUACUGCUUCAUUAUAAUGUGAACUUUCUUCCUUCUUUCUAAUUAAUUAUAUAUAUAUAUAUAAUUUUAUUAAGGAUCUUUCUAAUUAUAUUAUUUACUCAAAUGAAAAUUGAUGUUUUUCAUA